CCAUGUUGAAACGUUUAGCUAAACUUAAACGGACAUGUCGUAAAGCAAGUGACCAGGCCGCAGUAUGUGUCACGUGAAGUGUAGGUAAUGCAUCAUGAGUAGCACAUGCUAGGCUAGUUUCAGAAGCUAGUUCCGCUAUGUGGAUAUGUCAGCCGUGUGGACGUACUUUAGGCUUCCGGGUGAGGGAAGCACAACAGCCGAGUGCAACCUGUGCAACGCGAGUGUUUCCAGGGGUGGAAGUACUAAAGCCAACUUCAACACUUCAAACUUGAUUAAACAUUUGCGUAAGCACCACGCACAGGAGUACGAAGAAUAUAUACAGACAACCAGUGCUAAAAAGAAAAGCGUGCCGCUUCAACAAUCGCUGCAAGAAACAUUACAGAGGCGCGAGAAGCUCGCUUCAGAGACCAGCAAGGCAAAGAUGAUCACAGAGAAAUUGACUGAAUUCAUUUUGCUAGAUGACCAACCAAUUUCUGUUGUGGAAAAUGUGGGGUUUAGACGCUUAAUAGAACACAUGGAGCCACUGUACGUACUGCCCUCUCGACAUUUCAUCUCUGAAACAGCGAUACCAAACAAGUACAAGCAAGCGUGCGACUCAGACUCAAAGUGCUUGGAAAGCGUUGCCAGUUAGUUUUACGACCGACAUCUGGACCUCGGACGUGUGUCCAAUGGCUUUACUUAGUCUGGCAGCCCAGUGGAUUGACUCAACUUUUACGUUGCAAAAAGCAGUGCUACAUGCUAAGAGCUUCCGUGGCUCACACACUGGAGAGGCCACCGCUGCAGCAACAGAGGAAAUGUUAAAAGCAUGGAACAUUGAGAAGAGUAAGGUUCAUGUCAUUUUACGAGAUAAUGCCAGUAACGUGGUCAAAGCAAUGGACCGUCUUGGAGUUGCUAGUUUGGGGUGCUUUGCACAUAACUUGCAACUUGUUGUAAACAAGGGACUGCUAGCGCAGCGUAGCGUAAGUGAUGCUGUGUCUGUCGGCAGAAAAAUCGUGGGUCACUUCAAGCACUCGCCACUUGCAUAUUCACGCUUAGAGGACAUUCAGGUGGAACUGAAUAUGCCGAGCAAGCGUCUUCAGCAAGAUGUACGUACAAGGUGGAACAGUACGUAUUACAUGAUCCAGAGCCUUCUAGCACAAAAACGGGUCUUGUGUGCAUAUGCUGCGGAGUACGACCUGCCAGCUACAUUAACUGCAAACCAGUGGGGGCUACUUGAAAAGACUGUAACGGCGCUAGCUCCUUUUGAGGAGCUGACUAUGGAGGUGAGCUCUGCAUCUGCAUCUGAUGUCAUCCUCAUUGUCUGUGUUCUUAAACGCGCUCUGCGUCGAGAAGACCCCGCCGACGAGGGGGCAAAGACCAUGAAGACCACCCUUUUUGAGGCUGUGGACAGACGUUUCAGUGCCGUGGAAUCUGAGCCAUUAUACUCUGUUGCAACGCUGCUAGAUCCAAGAUAUAAGGACAGGUUCUUCACCAGUGCGGAAACCUCAGGAUGUGGAAAAAGGCACUAAUAGGGCAGUUAAAGAUGGAAGCUUCAAGACCAGCACAGGAGACCUCAUCUGAGUCAGGAGCCUCAAAGCCUGCAAAGAAGACUCCAAGGGUGGAAGGUGGAGACUGCAGUGGAAUUUGGAGCAUUUUUGAUGAAAUUUUGGAGGAAAGCACAUCUGUUCCUGAUUCAGCUACCCCUAGCGCAUGCUUUGAAAUUCAGACCUACUUCAGUGAGCCGACUAUUCAGCGUUCAGACAGUCCACUGUUGUACUGGAAAGCCAACUAGUCCAGACUGCCCUUGCUAGCAACCACAGCAGCUAAAUAUCUCGGUGCAGAAUUCAGAAUUCUGAGAUUAAAGUCAGAAUUCUGAAUUUAAAGUCAGAAUUAAAAAAAAAAAUUAUGCAGUGGCCCUAAUACUCUUCCGUAGACCAGUGUGGAGAGUGAGAAGCUUUUCAGCACAGCCUCC